CGGGCCGUCCCAAGACGGCGUCUACGAGAUGCAGGAGCAGUCCCGGGUGCCGACGGGGAACAGCAGGACGGGCCAGUCCACCAGCCGCGGCACCCACUCAAGGCCACGCACCAGCGACUAUUACGACUACCACCAGCAGCGGCACCGGGCCCAGUCUCCGCCCCCACCGACCACCGACACACUCGGCUCGUUUGUUUGGUCAACCCAGCCCUCGGCGCCAUACCCCGUCAUGCCGCCUCCGCGAGGUCCUAACCCGGCCUCGGUUCUACGACAAGCCCCGCCUCUCCACCAGAACAACCACGCCCCCCGCUUGACCCCGCCACGUGUUCCCGUGAACCAGCAGGCCCCGCCACCUCAGCCGGCCGACAACGCCCUCCGCGACGACGCCCGCCUGGUCCUCCCCGACGUGUUCCUCCAGAUGAUCUUCCCACACCGGGACACGGCC